AUGGCUCCAGAAGGUCAGGGGAAGGAGAUUGAUAAGAACGGAAGUGACCACUUCAUAUUGCAGUCUGCCUUUCCCAGUAAGCACACUUUCUCAAACGUAUUGCUUUCACUGCGUACAAGCAUUGAGAACAGAAACCCUAUUCUGGGUUCCAGUCUUCACGCCAAAAUACUCAAGUUAGGACUUGAUGCUGAUGUGUUCAUCAGCAACUCUCUCUUAAACAUGUAUGUUAAGUGUGGCCAGAUAAAAGAUGCUACAAAACUAUUCGACCAUAUGCCUUACAGAACUGCUGUCUCGUGGACUUGUGUAAUCUCGGGUUAUUGCCAGAACGAAUCGGUAGAUGAGUCGAUAUUGUUGUUUUCGAGGAUGUUGGACACUAUGCAGCCUAAUGAAUUCACAUUGGCAGUACUUUUUCAGGCUUGUGCGGUUAAGGGUGAUGAAAAAUUGGUUGAAGUUAUUCACAGUUACGCAAUAAAAUAUGGGCUUAUUGCAGAUGAUUACUUACAGAAUUCGUUAAUUGACGCAUAUGCUAAAUCUGGGAUGUUGGGGGCUGCAGAUAGGCUUUUAGAUAGACUUCGCAGCAGAGAUGUGGUUUCUUGGACUUCUGUAAUUUCAGGCUGUGUAUAUAAUGGAAUGCUUAAGAGAGCAACUAUAAUGUUUUUCAAGAUGCAAGAAGAUGGGGUCCUUCCAAAUGAAGUAACAAUGCUGAGUAUGCUACAAGCCUGCUCUGAAAUUAACACUUGGGAGAUGUUUAGCUGGAUUCACGGAUUGGUUAUGAAACAAAAUUGGUGUAAAAAUGCUGUGGUGCUGAAUUCUCUGAUAGAAAUGUAUUCUAUCAAUGGGUACUUCAAUGAAGGCACGAGAAUCUUUCGUGAUAUGUGUUUUAUCGGUGAAGGUUUAUAUCCAAGUACGGAGACUAUGGCAAACCUUCUUCAGGGGUGUGCAAAUUCCGGCUCGUUGAAGCUUGGGAAAGAAAUUCAUGGAUACUUAAUCAAACAAGGGUUUCUCCCUUACACUGUUAUUGGAAAUUCGCUUAUAAACAUGUAUGCAGAGAACAAAUAUGCGGACUGUGCCUCGAAACUUUUUGUAAGGAUGGCCAACAGAGACAUAGUUACAUGGAACGCCAUUAUCAGAUGUUUUGUAAAGAAUGAACAGCCAAUUGAGGCGCUGAAACUCCUUGGUGAAAUCAACAAAGAUCAUCUACGAGAUAAAGUAUCUCCAGAUUUCAUUACAAUGCUUGCAUCUCUAGAAGCCUGUUCAAACUUAGCAUUGUUGCAAGAGGGCCAAAUAAUACACAGCUAUAUAACUAAAACAGGCUUGCUCAAUGAUAUUUUUAUCCAAAAUGCUUUGAUAGAAAUGUAUGCAAAAUCAGGAAGGCUAAAUUUAGCAGAGAAUAUCUUCAACGAAAUGCAUGAGAGAGAUCUGAGCUCCUGGAAUUCAAUUAUCGCAGCCUAUGGUAUCAACGGAAAUGGGACCUCUGCACUACAGAUUUUUGGUGACCUCAAAACAUCAGAAACCUGGAAACCUAAUGCAAUCACAUUUGUCAAUAUUCUUUCAGCAUGUGCUCAUGGAGGAUUGGUGGAAGAGGGUUUUGCAAUAUUCAAUUUUAUGGAGAAACAUUAUGGUAUAAAACCGAGUAUGGAACACUAUGCUUGCAUUGUGCAUCUGUUGGGAAGGAUUGGGAGACUUAAAGAAGCCGAAGAUUUCAUUGAUAAGAUGCCAAUAAAUCCCGGACCGGAUGUUUGGGGGGCUUUGUUGGGUUCAUCUGUACUCUUUGAUAACAUUCCAAUGGCUGAAAAAGCAGCAAAAAUGCUUGCCAUUUUGCAACCAACGAGCAGCAUUUGGAGGGUGGCAUUAUCGAAUGCAUAUGCGUCUGUUGGAAAAUGGCAUGAGGUAGCAAAGCUAAGAACAGAAUUGAGAGGAUUAAAACAGUUCAGGAAGGAAGGAGGAUGGAGCAGUGUAAAUGUUGGAGGACACGAAUUCAGCUUCAUGGCAGGCGAUACACGGCACCCAAAUAGUGAAACAAUCUAUGAAGUUAUAAAUGGAAUGCAGAAUCAUAUGCAAGAUGCUGCUUUAUUUGAUAAUAGAGUUGCAUUAACUAGUUAG